AUGCACCGCACCCUCCUCCUCAGCGCCCUCAGCGCCCUCCCCAUCAUCCUCGCUGAACCCUCCUCCAAGCGUGGCCUCGUCUACGUCCCCUCCCAAGAGCACCCCCAAGACGACAAUAUCUGGACACAAGCCGGCAGCGACUUGACCUGGUAUUACAACUACGGGGCCGAGCCCUCGGCGCCCUUCCUCUCCAGCAACCUCGAAUUCGUGCCCAUGCUCUGGGGCGCCUCCGACGACCGCGUCGGCACCGCCUUCUACGACACCGUAAAAGCUCAAAUCGACGCCGGCGCAAACAUAAACUACGUGCUGGGCUUCAACGAGCCAGACGGCGACCCCAGCACGGGCGGCAGCCAGAUUCCGGUUGACCUCGCGGCCGCGACGUGGAUCCGCGAGAUUGAGCCGCUGCGGGAGUUGGGGGUGAAGUUGGGGGCGCCGGCGACGACGGGGGCGCCGAAUGGGUUUACGUGGCUGCAGAACUUCUUUGAGGAGUGUGCGGGACGGUGCAAUCCGGAUAUCAUGCCGGUGCACUGGUACGGGAACUUUGAGGGCUUGGCGAGCCAUGUCGGGCAGAAGAUGGCGGCGUGGCCGAACAUGACGAUUUGGGUUACGGAGUAUGCGGAUGCGAAUAAUGGGCUGGAGGCUAGUCAGAAGUUUUACAAUCAGAGUGCUGAGUGGUUUGAUCGGAUGGAGAAUAUCACGCACUACUCUUACUUCGGCUCCUUCCGCAGCGACGUCUCGAAUGUUGGACCCAACGCCGCCAUGCUCACCCAGGAUGGCGAGCUCACCGACAUUGGCAGUUGGUAUCUAGGCGGCGCGGCCACGAAUAAUAUACCUGAGGCCAAGGGCGCGGCUGGCAAGACGGCUGUGUUAGCAGGAUGGAGCUUGAUUGUUGCUUUCGCGGGUAUCUGGUCGAUACUAUGA